GGGAUGGUUAGGGUUUUCCCAGCUGGUCAGCCCUUGAAGUCUAAUGCAUGGACAUGGCUAGCCCAUUCACAAGCCUACCACACCAGAAUGGACAUGACAGGUGCUAAGUUCCAUACCUCCAACCGAGGCACUGCAGCAGUGCCACUGGUAUGUGUGAGAGCACAAGGGUCUCAUGCCUUCGGCAUUUUCUAUGGCCAAAACCCUAUUUUUGUCUCCUACGAUAUGGUCCUUGCGGAUCUAAUAUUGAUGAUUUUCCUCAUCCAGACGGUUCGCUUUCUUCUAAAGCCUUUCAGACAGCCUAGGUUGGUUGCUGAGUUAAUUGCGGGCAUCAUCAUUGGACCAUGUCUUCUAGGGAAGAGCAAGCGGUUUAACGAAAUCAUGUUUCCCCUGUAUUCCCGUUUCGUACUGAGAACUUUGGGAAUAUUUGCGUUAAUGUUAUGGGUGUUUGUAAGUGGCGUUAAAAUGGAUCUAACCUUGAUAAAACGAUCAGGGAAAAAACAUCUUUAUAUUGCCAUGGUGAGCGUUAUGCUACCUUUCCUAACAGUGAUGGCGAUUGGGUUAAUUAUUCGAAAAUUAAUGGACAAUGAAAUGGCGAAAAUAUCGUCAAUUGGGGGAAUUGCGUCAGGUUUGUCGGUAACAACAUUCCCCAUCCACUAUACUGUACUUGAAGAAUUAAACCUGCUUAGCUCUGAGGUUGGAAAUAUGGCCUUGUCCGUAGCACUAAUUAGCGAUAGCAUUGGGAUGAAUUUCAUAACGGUUUUCGAGGCAUUGAAACAAGUGGAUAUAUCGGCUGGAACUCUUGUUUGGUAUCUGAUAUCCAUGGUGGUUCUUGUAGCUUUCUUACUUUCUGCCAUCCGACCAGCACUGUUGUGGAUCAUCGACCACACCCCUGAAGGACAAGCAGUGCAUGAGUCUUAUGUGGUUGCCAUUUUGUUGGGAGUGUUCGUGGUUGGCUUCUUGACGGACAUGUUCGGCUUAGCCGUUGCUUUCGGCCCAUUCUGCCUAGGGUUGUUGAUUCCAAACGGGCCGCCGCUAGGGGCAACCUUGGUGGAGAAAAGUGAGACAAUUUUGAAGGAAAUAAUGAUGCCAUUUGCAUUUGCAUUUAUCGGGCUCCACACAGAUUUUUCUGCAAUGACUGAAGCUGGCUGGACGACAUUGGGGCCACUAUUUACCAUGGUUAUUUCAGGUUAUGUGUCAAAAUUCCUGGCAACUAUGAUAGGUGCCUUCAUGGUAGCUGUCCCGUCGAGAGACAGCCUCACUCUCAGCCUUGUUUUGAGCUUGAGGGGCCAAGUGGAGCUUGCUCUGUACAUCCAUUGGGUGGACAAAAAUAUGAUACGGCUACCAGGUUUCUCCAUGAUGAUAUUUCUAACAACGAUAUUAUUGGCAACUCUUACACCUUUGAUCAGUGUUAUAUAUGAUCCCUCAAAGCCUUACAAGGUACUCAAGAGGAGAACCAUUCAACAUACCCCACCGGGUGAAGAAGUUCGGAUUCUUGUGUGCAUCCGGGACAAGAAAAGCGUUCCAAGCCUGGUUAACCUUCUUGAAGUCACUUAUCCUACGCUUCAAAACCCUUUGUCCGUUUACGCUUUCCACCUUGUGGAGCUCAUUGGCCGUGCUAACCCUGUGUUCAUAGACCACGACAAUGAUCCGGAUCCGGAUGACCUUUCCAUCAGGUUUCCCGACUCGGAAGCAAUCCGCCACGCUCUCAUUCUCUAUCAAGAAAACAGAGAUGAAAGCGUUAAGCUCCAUUUCUUCACAGCUUUAGCAGCGAAGCGUACGAUGUUUCAGGACGUGUGCAAGCUAGCUUUGAACAGCAAGGCUACUAUUAUCAUUUUGCCAUUGGAGAGGCAAUACGAUGGGGAGAUGGGCACAGCUGAGCAAUGGGGUGGAGGGCAGACGUUGAACACCGAAGUAUUAUCCCAUGCACCUUGCUCCGUUGGACUUCUGAUUGACAAGGCCCACCGGUGGCACCUACCCUUGACUCGCUGCUCCGGGGGCACUACGUCUCACGACUUUAUUGUGCUAUUUCUGGGAGGACCAGACUCUAGAGAAUGCCUUGCAUAUGCAGAUCAUAUGGUUGCCAACCCCAAUGUCUCUCUAACUUUGGUGAGGUUUCUUUCUUCAAACCCCGAAGGAGACGAUGAAAGGCAAAAGAAGCUUGACGAUGGGCUGGUAACGUGGUUCUGGGUGAAGAACGAAGCAAAUGAGAGAGUGAUUUACAGAGAGGUAGUGGUAAAAGAUGGAGCAGAUACAGCUGCAGCAAUAAAGGCAAUGGCGGAAGAGAAAUUUUAUCAUCUAUGGAUCGUGGGAAGGAAACAAGGGAUAAAUGAAAGUCUUUUGGAAGGGUUGUCAACUUGGACAGAUAACCAAGAAGAGCUUGGGAUUAUUGGGGACUAUGUUUCAUCUUCUGAUUUUGUUGAUGCGGAUUCUGUGUUGGUGGUGCAGAAGCAAAUUCUGAGGGUGUAAGGCCCUUCUUCCCUAAUUUAUUUAAAUUUGGACUUCACGAAAUGCAUGUAAAUUUUUAUUAGCUCUUAAUUUAGGUUGAAGAGUUUAGACAUUUAAUUAUUUGCCUUGUACUUCUUAAUCCUUUAUUUAUCAAUUUUAUUAUUCUUGUUACUAUUAUUUAUAUU